AUGGAUACCAACAAUAAUCCAGCCACAACAGCCACAACUUCCUCAUGGAAAGUUGGUCAUGCCGUCCUCCAAAUUGUUCACAUUGUCUGGCUCGUACUUCAGCUCAUUUACCACAUGGCAAUGAUGAUUUCUUAUUACAGAAACUCAAUACCAGGAUAUGCUACUGCUGAUCUGAUUCUUGUUCUUGUUUGUUUCUUUUUCCUGGCAAUGGCAGCAAUGGGAUUAGUGGCAUUAUUUAUGCCAGAGUCAAGAUUGACACCUGUCAUUGCUUCUCGAAUGGUAAAAUUGAAUACGAUGGCAUAUGUGCUUGGUAUGCAAUAUUUUACGUUUAUUUACUUGUUAUUGUGGGUUACUGGUAAGUAA